AUGGCGGCGUCCCUGUGGCUGCAAGCGCUGCUGUUCGGGCUCUUCUCUGCGCUCUCGCUGCCACUCGGUGCUUUGCUGGGCAUCGCCUUGGCACCGGUCUCAAGCAAAGUCACUGCCAGAUGGAUGGCAUUUGGAUCAGGAGCGCUCGUUUUUGCUGUGGCCACACAGCUCUACGGCGAGUCGCUCUUCCGGCUGGCUGCCUCCACGUAUGGUCCGCACCCAGGCUGCGGUCCGGCCUGCAAGGAGCGGUGCACCAACGUCGUGCUGCAGAUCAUCUGCGCUAUGAUUGGAGCUUGCCUUUACCUCGCCCUGAAUCGGUGGCUGGAGAACCUUGGCAAACCUGAGCAGCAGCAGCAGCAGCAAACGGCCCAGUGCGACACCCGAAGCCUGCGGAGCCUGGAGCUCGGUGUCGGCGGCAUUGAGACGGUCCCAGAAGCACGCCCGCUACCGCCCAUCGCCGCGUUGUCGUCGCUGCGGAGGGCCUCCACUUUCCACGAAGACGACGCCGGAGAGGUGAGCACAAGCUCUGGCAAUGUGGCCUUGUCCAUGUGGUUGGGCAUGAUGCUCGACGGCAUUCCAGAGGCCCUUAUGCUGGGAUUCAUGACCAACGAGGGUGCUGUGACGUUCUCCUUCCUGGUAGCGAUCUUCAUCGCCAACUUCCCAGAAGCCUUUAGUGGUGCCAGCCUUCUGCUGGGGCAGCGCAUGAGCGUCUGGAGGAUCAUGGCGAUGUGGAUGAUUCUUUUUUCUCUGACUGGGCUGCUGGCAAUGAUCGGAUCACUCAUCAUGCCUGCCAAUGUCGAGCGGGGAUCUGACUUGGCGCAGAAGCGUGACAAGGUCACGGCCUGUAUGGAGGGCCUGACAGGUGGCGCCAUGCUGGCCAUGGUCUCCACGGCAAUGCUGCCAGAAGCUUUCAAGGGUGCUGGAGACAGGGCCGGGCUGCUCUUCGUCCUGGGUUUCGGCCUUUCCGUGUGGAUUACCUGCUUGGGCUACCGCUUUGGCAGUCCACAGCAGAUGGCAGAAGGCUAUUGGGGCAGCAUCGCGGCACAGGUUGGCAAGCCCUUCUAUUCUGGAAGCUGUACGGCUUUCGACUGUAACGCGGGCACUGGUUCCUCCUGCAAGACGUGCGUGGACCAGCCAAAGCGAAAACAGGAUGGCUACACCAUCUUCGAGCCUCAGUGCAAGGUUAUGGCCAGCGAUCAGAAGUGUGGAGGCUCCACACUCGCAAGUCAGUCGAGUUCUCAUGGCUUCGAGAAGACCAACCUGCGCGAAGGUGCCGGGACUUUGGCCGGUCAGGAGGAGUGCGCGGCGCAAUGCCAGGGCGAGCAGUGCGGCUUCCAGUGCAGCGGUGGGCUCCAAGAUGUGGAAAUUGCGCUUCUACGUGCCAAGGCAACCAAUGCGCCUACGAGUGCCAAAGCACUGCCUCUGAUGUUCAACAAUGCGGCAAGGAAUGCAAAGGUUUCGAGUGCGGCUACUAUUGCCAGGGCGCAGAAUGCGCACGCAGCUGCUCUGGCGAUCGUUGUGGUGCGUACUGCAGCGGCGAGUAUGGUCAGUUGGGGAAUUGUGCGGCCAAGUGCGUGGGCAGGCAGUGUGGUUUCGAGUGCAUUGGCCACCAGUGCGCUGCAGAAUGCCAGGGCAGCCGAUGUCAGGGCGCCAAAAGAAAUCCUGCCGAUCUCUCUUGCACCGGCUGCAGAGCAUGCAGAGCCAAGUGCCGAGGAGAUCGGCAGCUGUGGCUUGAAGUGCCAAGGACCCGAGUGCGCCUUCAGCUGCCAGGGCUCGGCCUGCGCGCAGCAAUGCACAGGUGACCGAUGCGGCAAGAGCUGCCAAAGCGGCACCAGUGGCGACCAGAGUUGUGCGAAACAGUGCAAGGGCGAAGAAUGUGGUGCCCUGUGCGUGGGAGCGACCUGCGCCAAAAGUUGCGAGGGCGACUUCUGCGCCUUCCAGUGCAACGGAAAGCUGGAGGAUGUGGAGAAAUGCGGCGCCGGCUGCAAGGGUGUGGGCUGUGCGGCGUCGUGCCAAGGCAGCGAGUGCGCCAAGGGGUGCACAGGAGAGCGAUGCGGUGCCGGCUGCAGUGGAACCUCUGGCAGCAAGUCCCACUGCGCUGCCGGCUGCGUCGGGCGCCGUUGUGCGGCGAACUGCAAAGGAGCCUUCUGCGGAGCUGGCUGCAAGGGCGACGGCUGUGCAAUGGGAUGCGAAGGUGAGAACUGCGAUCAGGGCUGCACGGGGACCAACUGCGGAAAAGGAGCAACGGCAACAGCGACGUGCAAGGAGGAGCGAUCCGUUUCGAGUCACACGCAGAUGCGGCAACACUUGGACGCUUUGCCUGUCCAGGAGCUCCAAAAGAAUCCGAAACUCUGCGGCUUACGGGCAACCUUCAAUGACGAGGCAAAAUGCAUUUAA